UGCAAGCAACUAGCAUACCGAAAAUGGGUAAGAAUCACUCGUCAGCUCGUGAUGCCGUUGGCAGUUAGCACCGAGCAGCGCCCACACAGAUGAUCGGCACGCCAGCUAGCUCUUGCUGCUCUAGCUACACUCUAGCGAGCAAGCAAGCCCAGCAUGAACCAAGAAAUCCUAAUGACCAGCAGACAACCAUCACAAAAUCGUGAACAACAACGACAAGAAGAUCCACAAUCGCAUGGCACCAGGGCGCAAGAGCACGCACCACAUGACCAGCAGCAGCUGCAGAAUGGCCAGCAAACCACCGUGCAACAAGGUGGUGGCCAGCGCAAAAUCACUCUGAUCCCGCUCGUGUUCCUGAUCUACUUCGAGGUGGCCGGCGGGCCGUACGGGUCGGAGAAGGCUGUCCGCGCCGCGGGCCCGCUGUUCACGCUGCUGGGCUUCCUCAUCUUCCCGUUCGCAUGGGGCGUCCCGGAGUCGCUGGUCACGGCCGAGCUCGCCGCGGCGUUCCCGGGCAACGGGGGCUUCGUCCUGUGGGCCGACCACGCCUUCGGCCCGAUGGCCGGCUCCCUCCUCGGCACGUGGAAGUACCUCAGCAUCGUCAUCAACAUCGCCGCGUACCCGGCACUCGUCGCCGACUACCUGGGCGGGAGCGUGGCGCCCGCCGUCGCAGACCCCGGCAGGGCGCGCACGGGCGCCGUGAUCGGCAUGACGUUGUUCCUCUCCUUCCUGAACUACGCCGGGCUGAGCAUUGUGGGCUGGGGCGCGGUGACGCUGGGGGUGGUGUCACUGGCGCCCUUCGUGCUGAUGGCGGCCAUGGCCGUGCCCAAGGUGCGGCCGCGGCGUUGGGCGUUGCAGGUGAAAGGAGGCAAGGACUGGAGGAUGUUCUUCAACACUCUGUUCUGGAACCUCAAUUACUGGGAUAGCGCGAGCACGAUGGCAGGCGAGGUGGACCGGCCGGAGCGGACGUUCCCCAGGGCGCUGGCGGUGGCCGUGGUUCUGAUCGCCGUCAGCUACCUGCUGCCGCUCAUGGCGGCCACCGGCGCCACGGACGCGCCGCCGGAUGCGUGGGUGAACGGCUACUUGGCAGACGCCGCAGGCAUCAUCGGAGGCCCAUGGCUCAAGUACUGGACGGGUGCCGGGGCGGUGCUGUCGUCCGUGGGCAUGUUCGAGGCCCAGAUGAGCAGCGGCGCGUUCCAGCUGCUGGGCAUGGCGGACCUGGGCCUCCUGCCCUCCAUCUUCUCCCGCCGCGCGGCCCGCACGGGCACCCCGUGGGUGGCCAUCGCCGCGUCCACGGCCGUCACCAUCGCCGUCUCCUUCCUGGGCUUCGACGACGUCGUGGCCACCGCCAACUUCCUCUACAGCCUCGGCACGCUGCUCGAGUUCGCCGCCUUCCUCUGGCUCCGCGCCAGGCACCCGGCGCUCAAGCGGCCCUACCGCGUGCCGCUGCCGCUGCCGGCGCUCGCGGCCAUGUGCGCCGUGCCGUCCGCGUUCCUGGCAUACGUGUGCGUCGUGGCCGGCUGGAGGGUGUUCGCCGUCGCGGGCGGACUCACGGCGCUCGGCGUCGGCUGGCACGGCGUCAUGAGGGUCUGCAGGGCCAAGAAGCUGCUCAGGUUUAACAACAGUACUGUCGUCGCUGCCGACCUUCAAGAGGACGCCGGGGACGACACAGUUUGAAAUUAAGUCGACUUGAUCGUGCAGCAAAAUGAACUCUUUGGAACUUGGAAGAGGCAUGUCUUGUACUGAAGAGCUAGGUUCUUUAAAGUGGAUGGACUGGAUUUGGCGCGAGCAAAGCAAUGCCAAAACAUGUCAGAUUGUCCGUUCUUGUGUGGUGUGAUUGUGGGUUGUGGCCAGCACAUCACAGGUAUAAAAAGCUCCCCACCAAUGCAAAUCGAACAGACAAAUUAUCACAUAGUAUCAUGUAUGUAUAUACGGUUCCUAAGCAACAAAGAUCUCACCUUAUAUAUGCAA